CAGCUCCUCCCUUCCAUGACCAGCCCGACUGAAGCCAACGGCUUGUUGUACUCCGUGGCGUCGUCGCUGGUGGUGUCCACCAUGACGUCAUCCUCCCCCGCGGCGUCGUUGCUGACGACGCACCCCAACUCCGUCUCGACGGAGUCUGCACUCACCACGACGACGUCGUCUGCCCCAACCAGAGACCUUGACCUUAAGAUCCAGGAGUUCUGGUCCUCGUUCCCCUGCCCGCCGCCGUGGAGGCCGCGUCUGCUCAUCGAGGUCAACUCGACCCGGCUGGACCCUCAGGUCAGCCGGACGGUGCAGUCGUUCCUGGCCGGGAAGUGUGAGAUCGGGCACAUCCUCUUCCCGUCCGACUACAACCUGGACGCGGGCAACUCCAAGCACAAGCUCAACCCGGUCCCCCGCUUCACCGACGGCGCGGAUCACGGCUCGUCGUCCCACGGCGACCUGUCGACCGCCGACCAUCACUGGUGCGACACGCCCUGCCAGCUGUCCAUCGGGUGCGCCAUGUUCUUCGUGGUGGUCGUCAUGAUGGUGGCGGUGCUGGUGUGCAUCACAAAGCAAGUACCAUUUUUGUUGUUGUUGUUGUUACCGAAGUAGACAGAAGGUCAUUUAGCUCUGUUGGUUUGUUCAGAUAAGCUCGGCUCUUAGCUCUGUUGGUUUGUUCAGAUAAGCUCGGCCCUUAGCUCUGUUGGUUUGUUCAGAUGAGCUCGACCCUUAGCUCACGGACAAUGCACGUCUCUGUAAACCUGCGAUUCUCCACCUACCUCAAUGCCGUGACCCUUUAAUACAGUUCCUCAUGUUGUGUUGACCCCAGACCAUAAAAUUAGGUUCGUUGCUACUGCCUUAAAUGUGUUUUCCGAUGGUCUUAGGCGACCACUGUGUAAGGGGUCGUUCGACCCCCCAAAUGGGUCGCGACCAAGAGUAGACCAAGAGGAGGCCAAGAGUAGACCAAGAGUAGACCAAGAGGAGACAAGAGUAGACCAAGAGUAGACCAAGAGGAGACCAAGAGUAGACCAACAGUAGACCAACAGUAGACCAAAUGCUAACACCACAGUACAGUGGAGGCGUGGACUGCAUUAGAUUACCAUUUUUGUUUCAUUUCAAAGUCUUUUCUAAUUUUUUUUUUUUUUUUAAAAUCAAAAUAUAAAUUUAACAUUUUUAUAUCUAACAUUUUAAAUUUUAAUAAGGUCAACGUUAAACGAUAUAAUUUUAAAAAAUAUACAACUCUUAUGUUAUAGUAUAACUAUAAAAAUGAUAUACCCAGAGAUAACUGUGGUGUGCACACUGUGUAUGUGUGUGUGUUUGUGUGCUAUUUACUGGCUCUUUGAUAACUGACCUCGUGUGUGUUUGUGUGUGUAUUUGGUCUAUUAUAUCAGCGUAGUGUAUUCCUGCUGUAUCCAAUUAGAUGUCGACGCUCGGAUUUCAAUUUUAAUGACGCUAUCUUUUCCGCAGGCAUCGCGUCAGGCACAAGAUGGCUGCCACCCGGCCGUCCCGUCAACAGCUCCAGCUCAGCACGUCAACCAGUGACGCCGUCAACUGUACGGACUUCUCAAACCUGGAGGUGUGUCUCACGGCGGUUCUCAUUCUGGGAUUUAGGGUCUCAUAUACAUCUUUUCUGUGUGUGUGUGGGGGGGGGGAUGUCGGUAACAUUAAAGAAGAGAUCAUAUAUAUAUAUAUAUAUAUAAAGAGAAAAGUCAACCAUUCACAUACAAAUGUCGAUCAUCCAUAUAGAAAAAUUGGCCAGACACACGGAAAAACACGUCUACCAGUGACGCCGUCAUCUGUACGGACUUCUCAAACCGGGAGGUGUGUCUCACGGCGGUUCUCGUUGUGGGAUUUGGGGUCUCAUAUACAUCUUUUCUGUGUGUGUGUGGGGGGGGGGAUGUCGGUAACAUUAAAGAAGAGAUCAUAUAUAUAUAUAUAUAUAUAAAGAGAAAAGUCGACCAUUCACAUACAAAUGUCGAUCAUCCAUAUAGAAAAAUUGGCCAGUCACACGGAAAAGUCGACCGUCCACAAAGAACAGUGGACCAUUGACCUAGAAAGAUCAGUCAUCGAUAUCGAAAAAUCAGUCAAGGGUGGGGAAUUAAAAAAAAAUAUGCUUGUGUCAUCCUAGAGUGCAUUCUGUCAUGUAAAGGUUUUAAAUUUAUUUUCUCUGUCUCGUGGGGAUACAAGCCUGAUAGAAGAAUAUGCAUUGGUCGGGAAAAGCUGUUAUGUUAUUGGACAGCUGAAAUAAAGGAACAUAUUUGGUUGUUGGUGCAUUUGUUUAAAAAUAUCUAUUUUUUUUUAAAUUUAUUAAUUUUUGCCUUUUUAGUUAUAAUAUACGUUUCAUUUUUUUUUCUUUGAAAGGAAAACAAACUGUUUUUCCAAACAACCAAACAAAAUAGGUUUUAAUUAUUUUUUUUAAAAAAAAAAAUUUUUUAAAAUGUAAAAAUUUGGUAUUUUUCCCCCCCCCCCCCCCCAUCUUAACUUAAAGUAAAGUAGGGAAACUUUGGCCUGAAAUAAUGAUGUUAGGAAAGAGUCUCAUUUCGAGCGAUUUUUUGUGUGUGUUUAAAGUGAUAGAAUGUGCGGAUAUAGAUAUGAUUUAAUUGAUAGCUUCACUUCUAACGCAAAAUGCCGAGACAUUCCAUUGAAUUGAGUCAAGUUCUUCCCUGAUGUUGAUUUUAUUCUAAAGCGGCAAAAACAACAUUGAACUUAACAUUUUAAAAAAAAAAAAAUAAAAAAUAAAAAAAAAGACAAUGACCAUUCUUUGCUUGUUUAAUCAGAUACAAAUAAGCCACCGUCAUCCCACAUUUUUGGUGUCAUAUCAUUUACAUAACAUCUCUCCCACGCUUUGGAACCAACUAAACACUCAUGUUCUAAAAUGUACCUUAAUCUCUACCCUCCGUCCAGGUGCAGGCUGACGACGACGUCAUCUACCCGCCAUUCCGUCACCGGGGCCUUCCCAACCCGCCCAUGGCGUGCCACCCGGUCUGCGACCCGAAGUGGAACUGCCCGUCGUGCACGUCCCGACACCCACUCAUGAGGAUGAGCCCGUCCUCCCACUGCUACUCCCGCGCCUACUCCGCCGUCUACGAGACCAUCGAUGACGACGACGAUGAUGACGUGCCGCGCACCGAAGACUCGUCGCAGAGCCGGUCGAGGGGAAGAACCCCAACGAACUCAAACAGCAGGGAAUCGUGCCACAGUUGCUCCCCCUGCCAGACGUCGCCGACGAGUAUCAGCACCGUGCAGAUCCGACCGAGGCGCUACGACGAUGUCAGGGGCGGCGGAGGGCACCAGGUGGCCGAGACGGGCUUCAACGGAGAAGAGAACUUAGAACAAUUCCCCGUGACCUUUCUACCCAACUAUUUCGAGCUGGAACAUAACUGUGCCUUGUCCCAGAAUCCGUCGGGGGAGACCAUCGCCGACGCCAGCUUCUUGAACACUUCGACGCAGCGCGACGCAUCAAGCGAAUGUCACGCGAACGGGGCCUUCACGAGGUGUGAUCAGGGUCACGGGUUCUCGUGCCCGCAACAGUAUCCCCACAUCGCGGGCACGCCGCUGCAUUCCUAUCUCAUGAGCCAAAUUCACCAAAAUGCCAUACCCUCCGCCGGUGACCUCUACAGGGUCAGACCGACAACGACCGCAGCUUCACGGGACGGUGAGAGCUGCAGGGCCGACGACCUCCGAACCUCCGCAAAUCUUUCACAUUCCACCACGUCGAAAUUUGAAGGGCCCGGCUUCGGCUCGACGUUCGUACCGCAGCCACAGCUCUGUCACAACAGCAGCGCCAUCAACCACAGCCUUAACCCAACCCGCGCUGGACGGCAGCAGCAGCAGCCACACGACCACACCACACCACGGCAGGGCCAGCACGGGGGCUCCACAUCCAGUUUCGAGUCGCCCGGACGCUAUUUCUGUUCCACCUGUAAGCCGGAUUACAUCCCGGGGCUGAAGGGUUCGGGCAGGGACAAUGCACCACGCCAGCGGACACCAAGCAGUGGUGGCCCUAACUGCGUCAUUAUCGGACCGGACCUUCUGAAAGAAGCAUCCAACCAGAUGAUCCAGGAGCUGGCGGGCCCCGCUGCUCGCACCGACACAGCCGACGACAAAAAUGAGGUCCCCUUGCGGAAGCCCGUGCUUGCCUUACAUUCACAGUACUUCGCCAAGACGUCGGCGGCCUGACAUGUGUACCUCUUGUACCAUGUCCACAAGUCUUGUUUUACGUAAACCGCAUGUACCCUGUACACACGUCUUGUAAUACGUUCUUCCCAAGUGCAGCGUACGUGUUUCGUUUCUCGUAAGACGGUCAUCACUCGUAACGUGUACACAAUCAGAUCUUGUAAUAUGUUCAUCACAUGUAACUUGUACACAACCAAAUCUUGUAAUAUAUUCAUCACAUGUACAAGUUAUGCAUUUUUUAAUACGCUAACCGUACAAUGUGCACAUAUUAUUUGAGACAUUCAUCACAUGUACACAUAAUGUGUAAAACUUCCAUCUAAUGUACACAAAUGGUGUAAAACUUCCAUCACACGUACACAAAUGGUGUAAAUGUUCCAUCAGAUGUACACAAAUGAUGUAAAACUUCCAUCACAUGUACACAUAAUAUCUUUUAAGCUGUUGUUACUUUCCUGUAAAGUUUGAGAUGGUGUUUGAUCCCCUGGUAGCCAGCUACAACGCCACGACCCCGGGCUGUCGAUCUAAUUGGUACCGUCUCAUCGUGUUUGUGUAACUUUAGCCACUCGUUAUGGGACAGCUAGGACUUUGAACAUUUCAGCAAACAAUCCUUCAUUUUAUUUUAUUAAGACCUGCCUGUCAAAUUUCUUUUCAAACUUUUAUUUCCAA